UUUUUCCAGCAGUGUAGGCUGACAUAUUCCAUAGGCUAUUUCGUUAAUUUGUGGGGAGAUGUCUCGAUGGCAAUAUAAAUGACAGAGAUCACUUAAUCCAUUUUUAGGAUGUCCUAGCCAGACAUCAUAAUAGGCUAUCAUAAAUUAAACGAUAUAUCUUAUUUUCGUUGACUGGCCCCCAAACUCAAAAACACAGCCGAUCGAAAGGUAAUGCUUGUGAGGAAUGGCCGAUCGAGAUACGAGACUUAUUUUAUCAAUCCCAAUGAAAAAGGUCAAGAGAAUAACACCAUGUUUUAUCAUGUAGCAUAGCCGUCAAGGUCUGCCAGUCGUCAAAUCGUGUGCUCUGGUGGAGGAGGAUCGCCUGAGUCGCUAUCACACUCAACAGGUUUUCAAUUGGAGUUCACUUCCUCCCAGGAUGGAGUGAUGAAAACAUGUUUGCCUUCCAUUUGCACCGUGCCAAGGCGGACUACUUGCUUGCAGUACAUUGCAGCUAAUUGUGUCCGUGCAAAACCAGAUUCACAACAACGUUCUUUAUGAAAAUCCGUAAUGUUGAUGUGGUGUAAAUAUGCCUCUCUCUGGUCUCAUCUUCACGAACCAGGGUGUUAAAAAUCAAAUGCAUUUCCUCUCUUCUCGGCUCCAGCCGUACAGUGCCGCUUUGUUUAGAAAUGAAAGUAGGCGAUUUACAACAGUGCUGUCUACGGGGCAUGCUUACAUUAAAGGCAUGAAAUAAAUACACGUAUGUUUAUAUAACAAACUAGACGUUAAAGUGCCAUCAGCGUCUAGUGUUACAGGCUUCACAAGCGGGUUUUGUGUUUAGACUCCGCCUUCGUACCUGUAAAUCUCCCUCGCUGAGAUGCUUGCAACUGACAGGCGACAUCAGCUGGCGUCUGGCGACGCUAGAUGAGCCGAAAAAGAACAACAGUUAUAAAAUGACAUGUAGUGCUUUACGGAUUAUUCGCGAAAGGACUAUGAAUCUGGACCGCGCUCCACGGUCAGAAGAUAAAAUGCCAUGAGAAAAUCAGCAGCGGGGAAAGGCUGAGGUUAUCAACAAGGUGGAGUUUGGAAAACGUCCGUUUGACACUAGGCUACAGUUCGAUGGAUGUAAAAUGCAAAAGACAACUUCAGGGUUGCCAAGCUUGUUGAACGUACACAACGAUUCCUUGGGGAUAAUUACAAUUCAACGGUUAAAUAUGACUAUUUGAACUACUAUUUUUUUUUAACUCGAAAUUGAACACGAAACACUCCGAGCGCCUCGUGAAGGACCUGAUGCGUUUGGAGGUGGAGUACAAAGUGGCGAUUUGGACGAAGUUACACUCGGCUGUGCGUCACUGGUUACUCUGGGUACUGAUUUGUAUAAAGGAGAAUUGAUGAGACCGUAUCGAAGAAAAGGGGUGGCAGCUGAAGCAACAUGGCUGAACAUGGGUUAGGGGGCGCUGACAGGUGCUCCUCUCAAACCUCUGGAUGUUAGUUAUUGAGGAUGGCAACCGUUCUGUUGGCACUGGCAAUAGUAUAAUGACUAACUAUAAACGUGGCAAUUUUAAGUCGGGAACGUCCUCUAUCCAUAUGUCCAAGAUGGACGUGAUCAUCCCGUAUUCGCCCGACGUGCCCUGCGAUAAUGGCCAGCGCAUGUGGUGGGCAUUCCUUGCUUCGUCCAUGGUCACUUUCUUUGGAGGUUUAUUCAUCAUACUUUUAUGGCGAACUCUGAAAUAUCUGUGGACAGUGUGUUGCCACUGUAACGUCAAAAAGAAGGAUGUUCAGAGAGUCGUCAAUCCUACAGUUAUUGGCGUGGACGGCGUGGUCAUCAAGAGUGGCGAUGGAAAGGAGGGCUUGGUGGCCGCCAGCGAGGUGGGCUGGAUGACCUCGGUCAAAGACUGGGCCGGGGUCAUGAUCUCGGCGCAGACACUCACCGGACGCGUCCUGGUGGUCCUGGUGUUUGCUCUCAGCAUCGGGGCCUUGGUGAUCUACUUCAUCGACUCUUCAGAUGAAAUCGAGUCCUGCCAGAACUUCACCAAGGACCUCACGUUGCAGAUCGACAUGGCUUUUAACGUGUUCUUCUUGUUGUACUUCGGCUUGCGUUUCAUUGCAGCCAAUGACAAGCUGUGGUUCUGGCUGGAGGUCAACUCCGUGGUGGACUUUUUCACUGUCCCGCCAGUGUUUGUCUCGGUGUAUCUCAACAGGAGCUGGCUGGGGUUAAGGUUUUUAAGAGCCUUAAGGUUGAUACAGUUCUCAGAAAUUUUACAGUUUUUGAAUAUUUUAAAAACUAGCAAUUCCAUAAAACUUGUGAACUUGUGCUCAAUCUUCAUAAGCACAUGGCUUACUGCAGCUGGAUUCAUCCACUUGGUGGAAAACUCAGGGGACCCUUGGGAAAAUUUCCAAAAUUCCCAAUCCCUUUCCUACUGGGAAUGCGUCUAUUUACUCAUGGUCACCAUGUCAACUGUGGGAUAUGGGGACGUUUGUGCGAAAACCACCCUCGGGCGGCUCUUCAUGGUCUUCUUCAUCCUCGGCGGAUUGGCCAUGUUUGCGCGCUACGUGCCAGAAAUCGCUGCACUCAUCCUAAAUCGGAAGAAAUACGGAGGGAGUUAUAACUCAACUCGAGGCAGAAAGCACAUCGUGGUGUGUGGCCAUAUAACGCUUGAAAGUGUGUCCAACUUCCUAAAAGACUUCCUUCACAAGGACAGGGAUGAUGUCAAUGUAGAAAUUGUUUUUCUCCAUAAUAUUUCCCCUAAUCUUGAGCUGGAAGCCUUGUUCAAGCGCCAUUUCACCCAGGUGGAAUUCUACCAAGGGUCUGUCCUCAAUCCUCAUGAUCUUGCGAGGGUGAAGAUCGAAUCUGCAGACGCCUGUUUGAUCUUAGCUAACAAAUACUGUGCAGACCCUGAUGCAGAGGAUGCAUCCAACAUAAUGAGAGUGAUUUCCAUCAAGAACUACCACCCAAAGAUUCGCAUCAUCACGCAGAUGCUGCAGUACCACAAUAAGGCCCAUCUUCUGAACAUCCCGAGCUGGAACUGGAAGGAGGGCGAUGACGCGAUCUGCCUCGCUGAGCUGAAGCUGGGCUUCAUCGCCCAGAGCUGUCUGGCGCAGGGCCUGUCCACCAUGCUGGCCAACCUCUUCUCUAUGAGGUCGUACAUCAAGAUCGAAGAGGACACAUGGCAGAAGUAUUACUUGGAGGGUGUGGCCAAUGAGAUGUAUACAGAGUACCUUUCUAGUGCCUUUGUGGGCAUGUCCUUCCCUGAGAUUUGUGAGUUGGUCUAUGUAAAGCUGAAGCUGCUGUUAAUAGCCAUAGAAUACAAGUCAGAUAUACGAGAAAGCAGCACGCUCAUCAACCCUGGGAACCACGUUAAGAUGCAGGAGGGGACCUUGGGCUUCUUCAUAGCCAGCGAUGCUAAGGAAGUCAAGAGGGCUCUUUAUUACUGCAAAGCUUGCCAUGACGACAUCACAGAUGCCAAAAGGAUCAAAAAGUGUGGGUGCAAAAGAAUGAUAUAUUCUAAAAGUAACUAUAACGGAUAUAUCAAAUCAAUGGAGGAGGAGCCCCAGUCUGCCCUGUCACCCAAGAAAAAGCAGCGUAACGGGGGCAUGAAGAACUCUCCCAACACCUCACCUAAAGUCAUCAGACAUGACCCUCUGCUCAUCCCUGGCCAUGACCAGAUGGAGGCCAUGGAUGUGAACGUGAAGAAAUAUGACACCACUGGGAUGUUUCACUGGUGCCCAUCGAAGGACAUCGAGAGGGUCAUCCUGACACGGAGUGAAGCAGCCAUGACGGUCCUCAGUGGCCACGUGGUGGUCUGCAUCUUCGGGUGUGUGAAGUCGGCGCUGGUGGGCCUGCGGAACCUGGUCAUGCCCUUGCGGGCCAGCAACUUCCACUACCACGAGCUCAAGCCCAUUGUGUUCGUGGGCUCCCUGGAGUACCUGAAGAGGGAGUGGGAGACGCUGCACAACUUCCCAAAAAUCUCCAUCUUACCGGGCACGCCUUUGAGCCGUGCUGACCUGAGAGCUGUCAACAUCAACCUGUGCGACAUGUGCGUCAUCCUGUCGGCCAAUCAGAACAACAUCGACGACGCGUCGCUGCAGGACAAGGAGUGCAUCCUGGCGUCACUCAACAUCAAGUCCAUGCUGUUUGACGACAGCAUCGGGGUCCUGCAGGCCAACUCCCAAGGUUUCACCCCGCCUGGCAUGGACAGGUCUUCUCCAGAAAACAGCCCGGUCCACGGGUUAGUGCGCCAACCCUCCAUCACCACCGGGGGCAACAUCCCCAUCAUCACAGAACUGGCUAAGCCAGGCAAAACACUGCCCUUGGUAUCAUUCAGUCAGGAUAAAAGCAAUGGGAACAACAUCCCAAUGAUUACUGAGCUGGUCAACGACUCCAACGUCCAGUUCUUGGACCAAGAUGACGACGACGACCCCGACACGGAGCUGUACCUCACCCAGCCCUUCGCCUGCGGCACGGCCUUCGCCGUCAGCGUGCUGGACUCCCUCAUGAGCGCGACGUACUUCAAUGACAACAUCCUGACCCUGAUCCGGACGCUGGUGACGGGGGGCGCCACCCCCGAGCUGGAGGGGCUCCUGGCGGAGGAGAACGCGCUGCGCGGGGGCUACAGCACGCCGCAGACCCUCUCCAACAGAGACCGCUGCCGCGUGGCACAGCUGGCACUCAACGACGGGCCCUUCGCUGAGCUGGGGGAUGGAGGCUGCUAUGGUGACCUAUUCUGUAAGGCUCUAAAAACAUACAACAUGCUAUGUUUCGGGAUAUACCGCCUCCGAGAUGCACAUAUAGGCGCACACAGCCAGUGCACCAAGAGGUAUGUGAUCACCAACCCCCCGUACGAUUUUGAGCUGGUGCCGUCGGACCUGAUCUUCUGCCUGAUGCAGUUUGACCACAACGCGGGCCAGUCACGGAGCAGCCUCUCGCACUCCUCCCACUCCUCGCACACCUCCAGCAAGAAGAGCUCCUCCGUGCAUUCCAUCCCCGCCACCGCCACCACCACCGCCACCGCCCGCCCGGGCCGCAGCAAAGGCCGCGACCAGCGGGACAAGCAGAAUGCUACAAGGACGAGUAGAAAGGCCCAAGAAAAGACAUGGUUUACAGAUGAACCCGAGAAUGCCUUCCCCCGGAACAUUCAGAUCAAACCCAUGAACACGCACGUGGCCAAUCAAGUCAAUCAGUACAAGCCGGCAGGCAACCCCAUCCCCACCAUCCGCGAAGUCGAGGAUGAAUGCUGAACUCCUGGCCAGCAAGAAGAGCCUUGAGGUGGCCUCCAGUCAGUCAGACUCAGCCAGUGAAUAAAACACCUGUUCCAAUACGGUUGAGAUAGCUUCCAAUAUUGAGUUUCAUUUGAUGAGUAUGAGUACAGGUACAGUGAGUAUUUUAUAGACACACACACAUCCACUGAUAACUACAUGUGAUACGCAUCAUAUACAAACAGUAUGUUGUAUGGGUAUAGACAAUCAUUGAAAUGUAGUCACCAGAAAUAUUUUACUACUAACCUUAUAGAUGCGCAGUUUAAGUAUUGUCCUCCACUUGUGACCAGACUCUGUCUAGUGGCCAUUUUGUUUGAGUAUGACGGUCAUUUUGUGGGUCGAGAGACAUCUAAAAUGAUGAACAGCACAUGGUAACAGUGACCUAGCGCUAGAUGUGAUUCACUGACGUUUACACUUGUAGGAGAGUUAGAGGUGUCACAGUACAGAUGGUUAUCAAGCUUGUCUGUCUGUCCUGUUAAGCUGGUGCAUGUUAUGUGCCUUAGCCGUCUAUAUAAUAUGCCGUGCUAAUGUCUGUCGUCCACAUAAACCAUCCAUUCAGCCUUCGAUCAGUUCUUUCAUGCACAAUGUAGGUGCAUUUAUUGUGAGUCCAUAGGUUUGUAAAUUCACCUCCUUAUUUUGAACAGGUUGGCAUAAGCGUCGAUCUUCUCUUAAGGGAAAUGAGUUGUAGGACUUAAUAUGAAGUCAUAACAUUUAUCUGAUUUGUGUGUCAGUUCAGAAGUGACCCAUUGCGGGCCAAUGAAUCUACUUAAACUGCAUAAGUAAGCACCAAAAAAAAGAGCAGUCUAAUGUAGUCACAUCCCCAGAUAUGAUUGAGCUCCUACCAGAUACAGAAUGAGAAACUACAAAGUUGCAAUUAUUACAUUUCUACUGCGAGACAUUUGGCUCUGAGUUGGAUACAUCCCUGAUUUAAAUGAAAUGGAUUGGGGUGCAUCUGGAGAGAUCAGAGUGCCACGUAUUGCGUGAAGCGGGCAUAAACAGGUCCCUCUUUGGUUGAAGACACUGCCCGGCACUGGGUUGGCAUGGGGGCAUGAAAUCGCUUGGGUGUUCCUCAAAGCCAACCCAAACACCGCGAUUUUUUCUAAUUUAGUAAGUUAUGUGCACAGCUCAAUCAUAGACUGGGGAUUUGAUAGGAGCAGCUUUUUUGCUAAAUGUGUUUUAGCUUGUAGCUAAUCACAAUACACUCAUACUAAGAGUGAUUUGAACCAUUUCACCGAACUGUUUGGUGUUCAUCAAUCAGGUGUGUCUACAUAUGUUGUUCUUUAGCAGAUGGUUCCAAAAAUGCAGCUUUUCGUUUUAUUUAAUGAAAUGUUUUAUGCCAGGAGGACAAACACUCCUGAUUUUUGCCUUUGAUUGUGGAAAUACUGCAGUUUUCCUUAUAUGCCAAGGGGUAGAGCUUUUUUUGCAAAAAAAUAUCUUCAAAUGACAUGUAAAUGUGUUCAUCUGUAUGUAACAUAUAAAUGACUGAACCCUAAUGACGCUAGAGCUUUACAAGAGAGGCUCUUUAAAGUCUUGCAUUUGAAUGUAAUAAUUUCUACUGUUGUCAUAAUAUAUUACUGCGUAGGGGAGCAUAAUAGCAUUAUACUCUGCAUCAGUCUCCUAUCAGUCAGAUUGGGUCAAAGGGAGUUUGAGUGAACAUGAAUGAUGAUUGUUUUUGUGUUGACAGUAAAUGAAUGGAAACAUUGACG